GAUUUAGACUUUUUUCAAACAAGAAAUAUACCAAUUGCGCUAUUUGUCUUUUCUCGAAUUGAACGUAUGCAAGAAAUAUUAUUAAAUGGAAUAACCAACCCACAAUUCACAGAUGAAAUGGCUGUUUAUAUAAGUCAAAAUCACCUGAAUAUCAACUAUUUUAAGGAAAUUUUUGAACAGGCUUUUAACUUGACAUAUACUAAAUUUACAAAACAUGUUAGACAACAUGAUGCACUACUACUUUUUAAAAGUAUUCAAUGCUUCAAUCCUCAAUUUAUUCAUCAAUCUACUUUAAGACACAAUUUGUCAGAUUAUUCAAAUAUUCCUGAAUUUCAACAUCCAUCAAAUAGAUUAAUCGAUGAAUGGAAAGUUUAUUGUAAAAUGGAUGAAAAUUUUGAUAUUAAUAAUGAAUUUAGUUUGAUUUUAGAAAAUUAUUGGAAAGAUAAAUUAUAUACUUUACCU